AUGGCGACCAUUCCUGACGCGCUCGGCUUGCGACGCCGUAUCACCAAUAGCGGACAUGAACGCCUCGAACCUCCGCAAGGACCUGCACAUGAGUCUCCUGGGAACGCGGAAGGCUCGCCGCGACGGAGUCAGACGGCUGAACUCUGGCUCCAAUCGCGCCUGGUGUCUGCCAAUCCACCCGUCCACCUUCCGGCAGGUGAUGAUAGGGCGUUCACUUUCGCCAAUGUUCGCAUUGCGGCGCAACUCGUAUACCUUUCCGUCCCUCGCCUACUCAACAUCAUUCUGGGCGGUAAGGAGCUGCGCAUGGCAAUCUACGUUCUAGGCAUCAUAUCGCACGGGAUACUGCCCACGGUAAAAAUAUGGUCAACCAGUCGCUUGCUCGAUCUGGUCCAGGCGAGUUUCGUAUCUGGCGGUAUGGUCGACCGCGGCGAAGUCAUCCGGGUUGCGGCCCUUGCGACGUUGAUGGCGGUGGGCGACGAUGUUUUGCGCUUUUUGCUGCGCAAUAAUAGUACGGUCGUUCAGCUCCAUCUUGAUACUGUCCUACAACGCGCAUAUCUGGCCACACAGCUCUCCCUCUCCAUCCCCUCUUUGUCUGGUCCUUUCAUUUCCGCGCUCACCGGCGAGGCCAGCAUCUUUGUCGGGUGGGAAACGCGGACCGUCCAGAACAGCGACGGUACAUCCAGCCAACGAGGGUUUUCCGGACCCUCGGAUGCCCUGGAUUUCGUGUCCCACCUACUGAUCAAUCUUGUCCUGAUGGUUUCGCAGGUAUACCUCGUUCACCGGACACUCACUUCCAAGGCCGCAUUAGGAGCGGGCUGGUCAUCUUACCUGCUUAUCUUCCUUGCAAUCACCCCAGCCCUUCUUCAUACUGUUGGCCGACUGGCCCGUCCUGAUGACAAGAGUCAGUGGCGCAGGUAUUAUCGACAGGCUCGGGAUGCGGAGAAAGAUGUGCGAAAGCUAGGCAGCAGCGGGGGCUACAAGCAGGAGGUCGUUCUCUUUGGCUUGAAGGACUGGAUAUUGGCCAGGUGGGACCGUGCUCGCAGUGCAAUUGAAGAGGGCAAGAUAACUUCUGACCGUCAAUCCAAGGGGUACGAUAUAACGUUGAGCGUCAUCGAGGAGGGAAUUCAGAUGGGCUUCUAUACCGCGGAGGCUCUCCUAAAUACGAUUCGUAGGCUAUCAGACACUUCAAAACAAGUCUACCGCCUUAUCUUCCUCAUUGCCGCUUACGUCGAAGCCAUUGACCUCCCUCUUCAAGGUCACAUCAUCCACUCGUCACAACCUCACAGCAGCGAGUUCAUCGAUUACGAAACACAGCGCGUCCACGGGGGUAUGGGUCUCAUUGCUCGCGAUCUUACCUUUCGAUACCCCAAAGCCGACAAGGACGUUAUACACGAUAUCAACCUCAUCAUCCCGCCAGGUACGACCCUCGCGAUUGUCGGCGUGAAUGGGGGCGGCAAGACCACUCUCGUCGAGGCUUUGAUGGGGUUAUACAACCACCAGGGGUCGGUCCUCCUCAACGAUCUUCCUAUCGCCAGCUACGACCCAACGACGCUCCACCGCCGCAUGUCUUGUCUAUUUCAAGACUUCUGCAAAUACUCCUUCACCCUGCGCGAGAAUGUCGGGAUUGGCAAUGUGGACAAGAUGGAGGACGACGAGGAACUGAAAGAGGCGAUAGAGCUCGGAGACGCGGCGGGAGGGGACGAUAUCCAGUUCAAGCCCGCCAAUAAACCUCAAGUGGCGCCCAAGGGUUCGUGGGAAAAGCUGGCUGCUCGGCUAGGUGGAGUGUUCGCUCGCACGAAGACUCCUGGAGGGACAACGAUACCGCUCGCGAACCGUGACGACCCAAAUCCUGAAGAUGUCCCUUUGUCGGCGAUUCCGGCCGAAGCUCCGCAGGCACAAGGACAACUUGCCAGUCUCAGCGGGGGCCAGUGGCGACGCCUGGGUCUCGCUCGUGCGUCUAUGAGGGCGAGUGAGGCGGAUCUUAUUGUCUUCGACGAACCGUCCGCUAGCCUUGACCCACAGGCAGAAGCUCAGCUCUUCGACCGGAUCCAUGCUCUGAGCCACCAGAACGGCCGGCGAUGCACUACAAUCUUCACAUCGCACCGCUUCUCCACGGUCAAACGAGCCGAUCAGAUUGCAGUCGUGGAGGAUGGGACGAUCUUGGAGUGCGGGUCGCAUACUGAACUGAUGGCGAAAGAAGGGCGCUACGCUGAGCUGUACAAUCUACAGAAGGCGGGCUUCGAGGAUUGA